GAUGUCAUCAGUAAGGAGCCUAAACUAGAGGGAAAACAGAUGACGCCAUCCGCCUGCGACAAACCUGCUUUCUCCACGAUGGAGGUCUGCGGAUCUCUGACUGUUUCUUUGAGAGAGUUUGGUUGUGAACAGAGCUUGCUGUCUCGAACUGAUGGUUCUGCUUCUUUCGUCCAAGGAGACACGAGUGUGAUGGCUGGAGUGUACGGACCAGCUGAGGUCAAAGUCAACAAGGAGAUCUAUGACCGGGCGACCCUGGAGGUGUUGGUACAGCCCAAAGUAGGGCUGCCAAGUGUAAGGGAACGAUCGCAAGAGCAGUGUGUGCGAGAAACCUGUGAGGCUUCUCUGCUCCUGACGCUCCAUCCACGCUCCUCGCUCACUCUCAUCCUUCAGGUCCUGCAUGAUGAUGGUUCACUGCUGUCUUGCUGUUUGAAUGCUGCAUGUAUGGCUCUUAUGGAUGCAGGAUUGCCCAUGAGUUGCCUCUUCUGCGGAGUGACUUGUGCCAUCAGCACAGAUGGGCAAAUCAUCACAGACCCCACUGCAGCUCAGGAAAAGGAAAGUCGAGCUUUGAUGACUUUUGCGAUCGACAGCGCAAAACGCAGCGUUUUGAUGUCGUCGACCAAAGGAUCGUUUUCAGUGCAUGAGCUGCAGCAGUGCAUAGCAGUCAGUCAGAAAGCAUCAGAGAAGAUCUUCCAGUUCUACAGAGACUCUGUCAAGCGGCGAUACUCCAAAAGCCUAUGAGAAACACGGAGCUUUCUUUUGCCUAGUCUUUUUUAUUUUUAUUUUAACAAUGCAUGCAAACACUGAUGUCGUAAUAAAAUAUU